CAAGUCUAAGCCAGCCCUGGCAACCACAUUAAAAUUGGAUUGCGACCCACAGUUGGAGAACCGCUGCUCUAGCCUGAGCCCAAACGUCUAAACUGCAAUUUAAUAGCCCCCGAGUCAGUUGCAGCUGUGCUGUGGGUCUUUUAUUGCAGUAUAGGCAUACCCAUAGGGGCCAAACGUUAAUGAGAGUCUUUCUAUUACUGAUUUCAGUAGGCGUUGGAUUGGGCCUUUAGUUCUGCCUAUUCAUUAGGUACAUAGGUCAGAGCUAGAGUUUUGGUUCAGGUCCACUUUUUGUUUCCUCAGAGAAAGUAUAUAUUUAAACAUUAAAAAACAGCUUCUGCAAAAUAUUACUUGUUUAAGAUCUACUAUCCCUUUAUUGCAUUCAUAUUAGACUAUGCAAAAGAAUUUAAGGAUGCAGAAGGUUAUGCUUGAGUUGCUUUGGCAGAGUAGACUGCAUAGCCCCUGCUUUAUCCUCUGAAUCACUCCAGUCAAUACCAUCAUUAUUCUGUGUUAAUUCAUACCAAAAAAAUCCAUCCUCAAUGUGUCCUCAGUUAACAUGGUAUCUUGUGUAAAGGAAAUAAAUAAUUAUUUUUUCAACUCUUUGGGAAAAGUAUCACUUUAGAAAGCAACCUGUCAUUUAAAAUUCUUUUUUUAAUUUAUGUCUGCUGAUUGGAUUUAAUCACAAUUUAAAACAUGUGUCGUGCUAAGUAAUAAAUACAGCAAUAUAGCCACAUUCUAUUUCAAAUUAAAAUGCACAAAUUUAAUGACUCUUCUGCUUAGACCAAUUAAUCAUGAAUUCUUUCUAGUCUUUAUAAGGGCAACACUUAAUCAAGCAUACAAAUUACUAGUGUCCAUCCUUCAGAGAAAUGAACUGUGUUAAAAUUCAAGCAAACAUUUUCCAACUGUUCAUACAAAGGGUUGCAUAAGACAGUCAUUGUGUUGCGACAAAACUUUCCCCAUGAUUUGCUGCUGAUCAGCAUAUACUUCACCUCUUUUCCUCCAAUUAAAAAUUGCAAACAGAAAAGCUUUCCAGCACUAACAGACCCACGUGUCUCCUCAUAGAUGCGGAAAGUCACAUGUUUCAGGAAUGGCCAGACACCCCACUCUGCUACAAUAUAAAAGCAAUGUUAGUCAUUGUCUCUCAUUUUUAAUAGCUCUCCUUUCAUGGUUCUAAUUUUGCCAUUAGGAACUAAACAUUACGGGAACUUUCCUUUUUAGCAUAGUGUAACCGAUAAAGAUGGAUCUCCUUCAUAGUAAUGGUGUGCUUAUAAUUCAGCAUUUACAGAAGGAUUACAGAUCUUACCAUGACUUUCUAAAUUUAAUGUCACAAGUAGGAGAUCCCCGGAAUAUAUUUUUAAUUUAUUUUCCUCUUUGGUUCCAACUUAACCAAGUGGUUGGUACUAAAAUGAUAUGGGUGGCAGUCAUUGGAGAUUGGUUCAACCUCAUAUUUAAAUGGAUUUUAUUUGGCCAUCGUCCAUAUUGGUGGGUCCAAGAAACAAUGAUCUAUCCCAAUCAAUCGAGCCCAUGUCUUGAACAAUUUCCUAUAACAUGUGAAACUGGGCCAGGAAGCCCAUCUGGCCACGCCAUGGGAUCUUCUUGUGUCUGGUAUGUAAUGGUAACAGCAGCACUUAGCUACACAGUGAGGUGGAAAGAUGAAUCCGCAAUUACACUGCACAGACUUACCUGGUCAUUCCUCUGGAGUGUGUUUUGGAUUAUUCAGAUCAGUGUGUGUCUCUCUAGAGUAUUCAUAGCAACACAUUUCCCACAUCAAGUUAUUCUUGGAGUAAUUGGUGGAAUGCUUGUUGCUGAAGCAUUUGAACAUACCCCUGCUAUCCAGACAGCGAGUUUGAGAACGUACAUCAAGACAAAUUUGUUUCUCUUCAUCUUUGCUCUUGGCUUUUACCUGCUUCUCAAACUUAUUGAUGUUGAUCUUCUAUGGUCCGUUCCAAAGGCAAAGAAAUGGUGUGCCAAUCCAGACUGGAUAAACAUUGACACAACUCCAUUUGCUGGACUGGUGAGAAAUUUAGGUGCACUCUUUGGGUUAGGUCUUGGCAUUAAUUCUGAAAUGUUCAUCAUGAGCUGUAAAGGUACAAAUGGAUAUAAGACGAGUUUCAGACUACUGUGCAUAGCUGCUUCUUUAGUUACCUUGCAGCUGUUUGAUUUUAUCAAGUUACCCACACACACCGAGUAUUUGUUUUAUGUUCUUUCUUUUUGUAAAAGUGCAGCCAUACCUCUUACUGUAGUUGCCUUGAUUCCAUACUGCAUACACUUGUUAAUGAGGCCAACUGAAAAGAAGUUAAAUUAGAUGAACUUUCAAAAUAGUCUGAAAAAAUGUGGAUGCAUUUAGAUACAAGUGGUUUCUGUGACUCCAUUCUGAACAGUGGUGUGUGUCACUGUGUGUUUGAUGUGCUCCCGGUAAGUCCCAUGCCCAAAGGCAGUACAUCCAGGAAUGACACUGUCAUGUCACAACCACUGAUUGGCUUGCAUUUUGACUUCAUUCCCAGAAGUACUGCAAGGAUUGACAAUGCAGCAUGGCUGCCUAACACCACUGCGGGUAUGCACAUGUUUUGAUGCGUGUUGGGAUUAGCCACAGCUUGUAGAUUUUCUAGUUCUUAUACACUUUCAGUUGGAUGGUGCUUCAUCUCCCAUAUCAUCAUUCCACUUUCCAUUUUAUAUAUAUAAAUGCUGCAUGUUAAUCUGCUGGAAAAUUAGGUGUGAUAAAAUCACACUAAUUCAACUACAUGAAUACAGCCAUGUAGUGUGGUGAAGUUCUGCAUAGUUUGCCAAACUUUAGAUUUAACUUAGUGUUUUCUGAGUGAAGCAUCUUCUGACUGAGUCAGGAAAGAAGAAGAAAAUAUUUUUAAAAAGAUUAGUCUGAAAUAAUGUAAUUUCAGUCCACUUGAUUCUAUUUCUAGGGCUAUUGACAGAGCAGAUAACUUUGUAUUGAUACGUUGCUUUUUGUAUUUUUCUUUCAAAAAUAGCUAAAUGCAAAAUCUUGAAAUGAAAAGGCAAUAAAUUCUAUUUACUAAAACUACUAUACAUUUAACUUUGUGGAAAUUCAUGAACAUAGCGCAUUUAAAGCAGUGUUAUUUGGGUAUGCAUCUGCACAGAGUAACUGCAGAAAGUCAUACAGUGUGAAUUCAUGUAAUCUCAACACACCUCCUAGUGUGCUAUGCAUGCUCCUGUCUUUCCAACGUAAAUCAGUCUAAUAAUCUCAUUUAAAGAGUACCAGAAUCACUAUUUAGGGGUGCAAUUGAUCAAGGUAAUUCUUUGUUGCCAUAUAGUGAAAAAGCAAUUCAAGAGUAAACAUGACAUGGUUGUAUUUGACCAGCUUUGUUUGCCCAACCACAGAGAUAACUAUUAUUAUAAUAAAUGUAACAAACUCAUUUGUGAAUUGAUCAUGCUGAUUAAUUUGCUGCUAUAAAUAUAUAAAGCCAAUUAUAUCCCUUUUUAUAAAUUUUAAUUCACUUCUAUCAUUGCACAUUGACUUUCUACGGGUAUGUCUACACCACCCACCAGAUCAGCAGGCAACGAUCGAUCCAGCGGGGGUUGAUUUAUCGCGUCUAGUCUAGGCGCGAUAA